AUGGCAGCGGAAUGUGUUCCGGAGGGGCCCCCCGACCUUAAGGAGAUGGGUGAGGAAGAUGUGUGGGAGCUGAUCAACGACAACCGUCAUCGUAUCUCCCUGGGUGUGAAACCAUGUAUGUUGAUCCCCUACCUGCGCCAGGCCAGGGUCCUCACAGAGAUGGAUGAAGAUGAGAUCCUCUCCUGCCUCAAGCUCAACAACAGCUCCAUGAGGACCAGUCACAUGCUGGACCUGCUGCGUAUCCAGGGGAGGAACGGUGCAAUGGCCCUGCUGGAGAGCCUGAUGAUCCACUACCCCACCAUCUACACCCAGGUCACAGGCCGCAAGCCCAGCACCGAGCCCUCUGGCUUCAGUGGCCUGAUUAAGUACUCGGACUUGACGGAGUACCUGGUCAAAGCCUUGACAGGGAUGCAGAAGGAGCUGAAGGAGGCUCGGCAGGAGGCCAGUCAGCUGGGGUCACGUUGCACCUCCCUGGAGGCGCAGCUAGGUCAGACUCUGGAGCGGCAGGAGGAGUCUCGCCGUCUUAAGGCCGACCACGGCCGCAUGAGGAAGCACUUGGCUGCCGCGCACCACGACAUCUUGAAGCUGAAGGACGAGAAGUGUGGCCUGUACGCGCGGUACACGGCCGCCAUCGAGGAGAGGUCGGCCGCCAACAUCCACUGUAGCGACCUCAACCUGCAGGUAUAUCAGCUUCAGUUUGAGCUGCGCAAAGCCCAGACAGAGACGGACAUUGAGAGGCAGCGCUUGCCCAAGUCCCCCAACCCCAGCGAGACGCAACAACUGCAGGACGAGAUUAGCGCUCUGCGCAGGCAGCUACUGGUGGCCGAGAAAUUCACCCCGGCGCGUGAUGGUAUCCUGGCCCAAGACCUGGUUGAGGCGAGGGAUGGCCAUAUGGAGCUUGCUGAGCAGCUCAGGUGCUACAGAGAGGAGAAUGAGCAGCUGACCCGCGAGAGGCGGGAGAUGGUGGAACAUAAGGAGUGUCUGGCGCUGCAGGUUCAGAAGCUGUCUCUGGACUGUGAGAUGUACCAGCAGAAGGGUACUGUCAAACAGAGCCAACUGAGGGAGCUACAGGCAGAGAGAGACCAUGCGUGCCUGUCCAGGGGCAAGGCCCAGGCCCAGAUAGCCAGGAGCCUGGCUGAGAAGGACACGCUGCGCAGCGCACACACUGAAUGGAAGUUUAGCUGGGAGAGCCAGGGCUCCAGCAGUGACAGCCUCCCCUCCAGCCCCUCACCUCGUCCCCGCCUCCGCCGCAUGCAUGCAAUUUGCCCCGAUUCCAUGAAGAGUAACGAUAUCACUCCAAGUAGUGUCCCGUCCCAAAACGUGGAGCCUCCAUGCCCAGACUCACUGCGGAGACAAGAAAAGACCCUAUGGUACAAUCGAGACAGCUCGGAGACGGCUGAAUGUGACGUCUUACUUGACAAUGACUUUGUGUUCAUCCCCAGUGCUUUCCGUAGUCUGUCCAGGAUAGAUUCAUGUGACAAUGAAAUACUCUCAUCUCCUCUCCAUCUCAACCCAUGUCUCUUCAGGGCAUCAGCACCCCCGUUCCUGCUGCGCUCCCGGCCCCGGGCCAUGCGCAUCACGGGCCGAGUCCUGACCAUCUCCUUCCAGGGGGAGGCGCUGCUGAGCCAGCUGCAGGUGGUGGGGGGUAACAAGACGGGCGUGUUCGUCCACCAGGUCACUGAGGGCUCCGCCGCCAACACAGUGGGCAUUAGUUCGGGGGCACAAAUACUGGAGGUGAAGUAUGAGCAGGCUCAGCAGGCUCUAAGGAUGGUUCUGGAGGACUCCACCCUGGAAGAAGCCAUGUGGGCUCUGGGGCAGGUCCAAGGCUUCUGCCACCUCUCCCUGAGGCCCAACCAAGAUGCCUAUGAGAAGCUCCUGCUGCAGAGUGGCGAGGCCAUGUCAGGUGACUCCUUCUACGUGCGCGUCAACAUGUCGUUACCCGGGGGCUCGCAGGACACUCUGAACGUUUCCUGUAACGACAUCCUCCACGUCACAUGCACCCUCCCAGCGGGCGCUGACCGCUCCUGGAGGGCCAGCCACGUCCACCCUUGCCAACUGCUGGACCUCAAGACGGGCAACUUGCCCAACUACUACAGAGCCCAACGCCUGCUGAUCAGAGCUAUCGAGGACAUGAGCAUUCAACCCAUGGCACUUAGAAAGGCCCGGGACAAGCAGAAGACUGUGAGGAUCGUCAGUACGGGGAGACAGGGGAGGAAUCCUCUGUGGGUCUGUGUAGAAGACAGCAAGGACAAGAGCACUGGGCCAGGGGAUGCCUCUGCGCCCAGAGGCUGUUUGUCCCUCAUGCCCUACACCCUGGUCACGGCCCACUACCCACCCGUCUGUCGUCCGGUCCUCCUGCUACCCACAAUCCUCGGCCGUGUCCUGAAUCAGAAGCUGGCCAAGUGGCAGGGCUUUCAGUUGUGUGAGCCAGAGUUAUUGAGUUCCAGCGAGCACGCUGCCAGGCUGCAGAGGUCUGAGGUGCUGGAGGAGUGUGAACAGGGGGGUCAGCGGUGUUACACCCUGCAGAGUGUUGAGAGGGUCAUGAAGCAGGGUACCCACUGUGUGCUGCCUCUAGGUCUGGACUGUGUACGCCGCCUCCACAGGGCAGAGAUCUUCCCCAUCAUCAUCUUCAUCGCCCAGUCCAAGUCCAGAGCAGCACGCAAACUCAGGUCUAAGGUGCAGAGUCAGGGCUGGUCCGAGGAGCAGCUGCUGGAGUGUUCUCGCAGCGAGGAGUCCCUGCUGGACAAGCUGCCCUGCCUCUACCGCAUCGUCAGCCCUGACUCGUGGGACGACAAAACCACCCUGCUCACCACCUUGCACUCCAUCAUCUUGGAGGAGCAGAAGAAGAUUGUGUGGGUGGAGCCUGAUUUGUGGUGAUUUUAAGGCAUCAGAAGCAUCAAUGUGAAGUUUGUUGAUGAGGUACUCGUGGCCAAAUUGGAUGUCUUUGAAUUCCAUAUUUGUAAAAUAAGUUAUUUGGAAUAUUUGUAAAUGGAUAAAACGGAGAAGAGUUCCAAUAGGCAUUACAUACCUGAGCAUUAUGGGACAAGGGAAAUGGAUUGUGUAUGAAUGUGUAACUAUGAUAGCAACCUAUACAUAUGAAUUCUGUAAUCAAGGUAGUAGUAUGAGUAUGAAGGUAGCAUGAUGAGAUGUACCAGCACUUUGGUUUAACUUCAUUAAGUUCUUGUUUUAUCCAACCUAUAUUUACUUGUAUUGUUUUUGGGAAUAGUUUUUCAAUUAUCUUUAUCAUAAAGAUAUGAUAGUGUUAUAUACUGUGUAUUGUAUUAUAUACAGGAUUUCAACAAACCUGUGAAACCAUAGUCGUACCCAAGUCACACCUGAAAUGUAAUGUAGGAAUUCUAGUCAGACUAUGUUGACUAACUGUCAGACAGUUUUAAAGUUUCCAUACAAUGAGGGAUUUAAUGACAUAUUCUGAAGUGUGCAACUUCUGAAGUAGGGUUAAAGUGUAAUGAUAUUAGGCAUUAUAUGGAUUUAGGUUGGAACUUGUUUUUAAAGCAGUGGUAUUCAAAGUCUGGGUUCAGGACCCCUAUUGGGGUCGCGGGGGAACUGCAGUGGGGUCGCCAAAAUAAAAUGUAUAAUAAAAUAUAAAAAUGAAGAGUACAGAUUAUUUUAUUCGACAAUAUACAAAGGUUUUUGAGAAAGAUCAUUUGAAAAAUGUAAUUGAGUAAAUGUAUUUAUUGAUUUAUUUUCAUUUUGAUAAAGAGAUUUAAUAAAUUGACGGUUAUUUGAUUUACAGAUUUGAAGGACAAAUGGGGUCCUCAGAAAUGUUUUGAAUACCACUUUUUUUAAAGGGUGACAAAAAAGUAACUGAUAUUACAUGAUAUGAUAACUUGUAUUUUACGAUAUAUAAGAUGACUGUACACAGAGCUCAGGUAUCAUUGACCCUUAGUCACUCACUCUAGGAAUGAGAACCAAGCUCAACUUCCUGUGCAACGCUUAGGCCUACUUGAUUUAUGUCCAACCCCUCCCUCUCUCUUCCACCUACAUCCUCUCUUUAUGAUCUUUCCCUGCCCUCCUAAAUAACCACCAGGUGCAGUAUUAGGCACUGUCCCUGAGCCAGCUGUCUAAAACCUGCUUAUUGUGUUAUGAGAUGUAUAUACAUGUGUUAUGUCAGCUGUGCCAUCAUUUCUGGUACGAAUGUCUAUGAUAAUUGUCAUCGUAGAUGUAGGCUAUGGAAUGAAUUAACAGAUGCUGGUGGAUUAUAUAUGAUAUGGCAAUACUUUUUUAUUUUGUGUAAUUAAAUGUUUUUAAGAUGUGUUUGUCUUGUCAUCCGAUUGUUGCAAAAUGUGUUUACAGGUGCAUGACAAUCUUUUGGACACUGAAAGGAAAUACUACUAUAAAAUAUGUAAUUAUUUUGUAACUAAAUACAUUUGAUCAUAUUCCUUUCGUAUUUGCACAUUUAUGUCAAAGCAAAGUCCUUAAGACGAAUAUAUGGUUUGGUUUCUUCCAAAUGCCAUUAAUUUUGUUAACACUUGCAAUUAAUUAGCAUUUAAGCUUGAAGUGUAUGCAGGUACAUUUUAACGGUUGAUGCUCCAAUGUAACCAGCAGAG